AUGGUAGUAAGUAGCGUGCAACUGGGUAGUGGUGGUGGUGCUGGUGGUGGUAGCUUAGCUGGUGGUACUGCUGCUGCUGGUAAUGGUGGUGGGCCAGGUUCCAAAAAAGCACCCCAACCGUUAACGUCGGAUAUUUGCCAGGGAACGGAGAAAAAAAAAAAAAAUAGCAACUGGAAGCCAGGCCCCAAAAGUAAAAAAGGUCCCCAGAGGCAACAGCGGUUUACGAACACAAAGAGAGCGAGAGCUAGUAGGCAGGCAGACAAGGUCCUCCCCCCCCCUCCACCCCAGGUAAAGAGGAAAAUGGGGAAUGCCCGGAUGAUGGAUGAUGGGAUGACGGGUGGAGCGAGAAAGUAUAUCAAGUCUCCCCCUGUACGCAGGGUAGUCACAAUGGGUCUAGGACGGCAGUACUCCACACCGCGCACCGUACGGAGGGGACGCAAGGAGCGAGCAAACGACGAAGACGAAGAAGUAAGUCAGAAAAAGGAAAUAACAAAAAGAUACCGAGAUGCAAGUAAACGUGAUAAGAUCGACUGCCUUCAGGAGGAAAGACAAGGUUAUGAGUACUCUGGAGCAUUCGCAUCAAGGGUAAGAAUAUGGAAAUGCAGCUCACUAUCGUCAAAAGACAAGAACGAGUCGCCCCGUGGAGUCAAAGUGGGGAAAUCAUCGGUGAUUGCCACAAUCCUUUUACUGGUUGAGAUUCACCGGAAAAGCAUGGGGGCAGGUGCAAAAGAUGGGAUGAGAAAUGGCUAUGGGAGGAACUCACUGGGCAGAGGAAGACCUGAGUAG